UAUGCAUAUUCUCCCCUCUCAAAUCUCUCCAAACUUUGUGGAAGUGUUGCUCUCUGUUCUUGCUCUGUUGUAUCGUGAAAGCUUCCGGGAGUUGCUAGCAACGAAGUUUGGAGUAAGUGCUCUAACUUUCCUCUGCUAAUAAACAGCGGGGGAGAGAGAAUUGAAAUGGCGAUGGCAUCUGCGAACUCCGGCGCCGUGGGAGGUGGUUGUGGUGGUGUUGGCGGCAGUAAUGGACAUACAGUCUUCGUUUACGGCAGCCUCUUAGCCGAUGACGUCGUUCGAGUUCUCCUCAACCGUAUCCCUCAAUCCUCCACCGCCAUCCUUAACGGCUAUCAUAGAUCGAGCAUCAAAGGGCGCAUUUAUCCUGCAAUUCUACCUGUAAAAAACAAGAAAGUUACAGGGAGGGUUCUACUUGGGAUUUCUGAUACAGAAUUAGAUAUCUUGGACAAGUUUGAAGACUAUGAGUAUGACAAGAGGGCUGUUGAUGUUUCUUUGCUGGAUACCUCUGAGAUCUUGCAGGCUUAUGCAUAUGUUUGGGCCAACAGUUCUGAUCCUGAUUUAUAUGGAGAAUGGGAUUUUGAGGAGUGGAAAAAGAGAGAUAUGAAAGAUUUUCUGAAAAUGACCACGAGCUUUGUCGAAGAACUGGAGGAUACCACUCUAAUAUGAUCAAUCAUUGAUGCAGAAACACCAUGAAAUAUUGAAAUGCAUACCAUAAUAUGAACGAUGAAUGUAUACUGUAUUGCUGUAAUAUGAUCUAUUAAUGCAUUUUGUGAUUUUGGUGGCAAUAAUUUGGGAAUGAAAUUUCAGUUG